ACACAAAUAUUCUCCAUUCCCCAAAAAAUAAAUUCCAAAAUUUUGUAUUAUUACUAUUCCAUAUGGUUAAUCCAUUUAUUUGUGGAUCUUUUAAUCAUCAAGAUGAUGAUGAUAUGGAAAUUUUUAGCCCAUGUUCAACUCCCAAAAGAUCAAAAAAAUGUUUGCUAAGAAUAAGGUCUAGCAACAAAAAUAAUCCAUAUUCAGACAGAGGACUUGACAAAUUCUCUGCCCUUUUAGCUGAUCUUGAAGACAAGAAACAGAGGAUUUAUUCCCAAAUUGCCCCUGAUGAUAUCUCUUUGGUACGAUUCGUUUAUUCGAAUUCUAACGAUGCUAAGCCAAUUAUUGUGAAGUUGAAGGACAAGAAAUCGUUAACGGAGGAAAAAAUAGAGUCCCCAAACAAGCAACGGACUCGUGAAGUAUACGAAGAUUGUGAAGAAGGGGAAGCUAAGCCCGAGGAAAGUAAAGUAAUAAAGAAGAGUGGUUCUAGUUGGAGUUCAAUGAAAUUGGAAAAUUUGAAGAGGCCUAUGUUUUAUUUGCCCAUAACUAUAAUAAUGAUAUUGCUAUUUUUGGCUAUUUAUGGAAGGUCAUUUGCUAUUAUGUGUACUUCAAUUGGAUGGUAUUUGAUUCCUACAAUUAGAGGGGGGGAUUCAAGAUCACGUACAAGUACAAGAAAACCAAAAAGGAAGAAGGAAUAUAUGAGAAGAUUUAGUGAAAAAAGUGUUGUUAGUGAAGAACCAAUUUCUCCAACAAGUGUUAUGAAUGGACCAAUUGGUAAACAUGACCAUAGGAAAAGUUGGUCAUAAUGGGGAACAAAAAUAAAUUAUCUUGAUCCUGUGUAUUCUCUUCUUGAAAAUUCUGAAUUUUGGGUGCUGUAAAUUCUUUUGCUGAUUUUGUACAUGUUGUCUUGUUUGAGUUGGACUAAAAUUUAAUUAGUCACUCUUUUGACAUUUUUUUUUUUUGUAAAUUAGAAAUUUUAGAAUUAUGGAAUCAGCCUCUCCGCCUUCCAAAAUAAGGGUAUAAGAUCUGCAUACACACUAUCUUUUUCAGACUUCACUUGUGGAAUUGCAGUGGGUAUGUUGUUGUUGCAAAAGUUUAGAAUAUUGAAAAAUCCUUUAUACCUUCCAAGAUAAGUAAGGA